AACACCACCCAAGUUUAGGUAUUUCAGUGGGUGUGUCACUUCGACUGUAAUAUGAGAACCUUAUGACCAAUAGGAAGGGGAAAACAGAAUGGAACAAGUUUCUUCCUGAAACUUUAGCCGAAAAACUACAGCGAAACAAAAGCUCUCACUGUGAGGACACCAGAGGAAGGCCACAGCCCAACAAUACCGGAAAACCCCAUGGUACAGCUCCUUAUUUUUCUUUCAUUUUGUUUUGCACUGAAUCAGAACAACACCAGCUAAGAUGGCCGGCCAGCUACAGAAGUUUGUAGCAGAUAAGAAGAAUGUGGUAGAGACUGUAAUGGAAGUUUUUGAACAGGGAGCUGAGGUGGUAGCUAGUAUCGCCGGUGACCUCUUCCCUGUUUUCGCCAUAGCUGCUCCUAUUGUAAAAUUAGCCCUAGACAAUGUGGAGAGCAAGGAAGCAGUGUUUAUGAAAGAGCAGUUCCAGAAGGUUCGUGAACGCUUGGAGGAGAUUUCAGAGGAGAUGCAGAGGAUUAAUGAGGAGAUCAAGAAGAGCGGAGCGGAUGCUGCCUACUUUUCUGUGGAGGAGAACAUCUCCAACCAGUUUCGCAAGUACAUGGACAUCCUCAAUGCCAAACCCAAGUUCCGUGAGGUCAAGAAGAAGCUUUUCUUGGAGCAUUUUGUCAAAUCAGGUGGUGACAAAAACCUGCACACCCUCUACAGUGCUGUGACAGGAGACAACUUUUCUGGAGAGUCAGUAUUGGAGAUCACGCUAAACUAUGAGGAAAAAAGUAGACGUGCAAUGGAAGACUUCUGUGCCAGGUUGAAGAAACUCUUUUGCAUAGGCCUCAUUGCUCUAAUGGGCUACACUGCUCUCAAGGAGUGUGAUGAUGAAGAAAAGCUUCUCCAAGAAUGGGGAGAGAAGAUGAAGGAGGUACAGCUAAAAAUGAAUGCUGUCAUUGAGGAUUGCAUCACCAGCUUCCCCAAGCAGGCUGAACAGGAUUCCCGGAAGUUGGUUAGGGAAAACUCUGACCUGAACAACAAGCAGCUGGCUGAUGCCCUUCUUGAGAAGCUGAAAACAAAGUAUGACUGGGUGGGCUGGUCAGUCCGUGUAUUCAGCUCCCCUUCGGGCCUGUUCGCCAACAAGAAAGACUUUCAGUGCUCCACUGGGAAAAGCCGCUUUCAAGUGCAAGCAACAGACGAUAAGAUGAACAUCAUGGUGUCCUACAGUGCCUCUCCUGAACCUCUGAACAAGGCCCAGAUCGAGGAGUUGAUCCAGGGUCAGAAGAAAAUCUCCAUAGUGGGUACUGCCGAGCUCCUGUUUGAGCAACUGCCAGGUUCUUGUGCAGUCCACACAGUCAAGAACUGUAAAGACCUGGUCUGUUCCUGGAGCUUUGCCGAUGAGCUACACUACUGGGAGGAGCACAAGAACAUUUAUGUUUGUGUUCACUACAAUUGAGGUUUUCUCACUUAAAAGUUUAUUAAUAAUUAGCCAUAUCUCCCAAUAUUAUAUUUAGUCUAACUUGUUCUUUGCAGUAAGGCUGACAUUGACAAAUAGUUUGUGUCUUUCCAAGUAACGUUCUGAUCCUCAGCUAUACUAAUGAGGACAAAUUUAACAUUUCCCAUGAAGCAUGAUACUUGUAUCCGAACUACUAAAUGGGUGUAUGUGAAAUCAGUUAACUUUCUGCAGAUAUACUAUACCUUUUUGGACAGUUUAUAUGCUAUACAGUCAAAUACAGUAAACCACACAAAUACUGUGGUUGUCAUGAUGUACAGAUGGGUUACAAAUUAAAGGAAAAACAAAUAGUUUCUGAGUAAGGUUUUGGGCCACCACGAGCCACCAGAACAGCUCUAAUGCACCUUGGCAUAAAUUCUACGAAUCUGUGGAACUCAGAUUCUUCUGAAUGAUAUUCCCUCAUUUGGUGUUUUGAUGAUGGUGGUGGAGAGCGCUGUCUAACACUUUAGUCCAAAGUGUAGGUGUUCAUUUGGUUUGAGAUCUGGUGACUGAAGACCAACAGCAUAUGAUUCACAUAAUUUUCACACUCAUCAAACCACUCAGUGACCACUUUUGCCCUGUGGAUGGGGGCAUUGUCAUCCUGGAUGAGACCUCUCCCAUCAGGAAGAAAUGUUUCACCCCCCCCCCCCCCCCCCCCCCCCCAGAGUUUUCCUUCAAUUUGUCACUAGUUUGUAAGUCUUGGGUCUUGAUACAUAUUCUAUAUUGAUGAAAUUGGGGAAUUUUAAUUAAUUGUGUAAAUUAGCACUAUAACAAAUCAAAAUGUAAUUGCAUAGGUUUAUGUAGUUAGACUGUGAUGGACAGCACUUUUUUUAUUUCAAUAAAUCUCAUUUAAUUGAGUUCUAGGUCUAAUAUACUUUGAUAAAUGUCUAAUAUACUUUUUGAUAAUUGCUGGUCCACAUUCUGGUAAUAUCUCCUUGUGUUGUGGCACCCUGUAUCCCUCCCAAUAAACCAAAAAGCCAGAG